AAUUUAUACUGUUCAUUUCACAAUUAAUACGAAGAGAACAAAUUUAUAUUUAUAAGAUUAAAAUUCAUACGAGAAUAAAUAUUUGAUAGUACCUAUCUAUUAAAUUUUUGGAAAUAUGCUUCGUGAACAGUACGUAGAUUGUCUGCUUGUUGGAUUAGGAACUAUGUGGCAUUUCUUCGAAACUAUAUUUUCCCCAGAGAACUGUUCACACUAUGUGCCGUUGAUAUAUUCAAUCGCCUACGCAAUGGGAAUUCAAAUGAUAUGUAAUCAUUUGCUUGGUAUUUGGCUUCACAGUUAUUGGAGUUCCAACAAAAUUUGGAAAACAAUUGUUUUUCUAAUUAAACUCUGGAUCGGCUUUGUUGUAUCCGAAGGGACUUUUGCUGUACUUUGUUUAUUCUGUACUAACGAACUCUUAAUUUACAGUGGACAAACAUUUAUUUUCAUUCCAACAACUAGUAUACAAAAAUAUCCCACAGUCAUUGGAUCUCUGAUAAUUUGUGGAGUAUUAAUAUGCGGAAUGUAUUUCACUGAACCUAUUAGAGAAAAAAUUAAGAAAAGUUUUAGGAGUUUCUUCAAUUUCAUAAAGCAUCAGCACACUGAUCCUGAUAAACAAAAUGUGGUAGAACCAAUUUACAUUCGUUCAGUGGAUUCUCAACACCGUUUGCGUAAUCGUUCCGAUUUUCAAACUGAUGACCCAAGUCUUUCAGAAAUAGAUGAUUCCGACAUAGACCAAUUGAUGAACUUAUGAAAGGUAGCGCUGACGUAUUUUUACACGGCAUAAAACUGAAUCUCGCAAUCAACAUUGACCACGAAAUUCUGUUUAUUUUGUAUUUAUCUUGAUAGAAAUUAUAUUCAAUAAA